AUGUCUCAACUGGAACCCACCAACCGUCCAAUCAAUCAUAUAGCAAUUUCUUGCCCCGAUAUUGAAGGACUUGUUAAAUGGUACAAGAGCGUUCUUGGCUUCGAGGUCAUUGGCGACAUCCAGCAUUGCAUCAGAGCAAAAGACCCAGCGCCAUUCGAGACAAUCUUCGUCUCAUACCCAGCGUCACUCAAAGAACUCAAAUUCGCCAUCCUCACAACUGGAAACGGAGUGUGCAUCGAAUGUUUCCAGUUCAUCGACCCACCGCCAAAGCCGCGAGAUGAGGGUUUCGAGUAUACGAGAGCUGGCGUUUUCCACAUCUGUGUGACGGAUAGAAAUCCUGAAAUAUUGGCAAAAAAGAUUGUAGAUGAGGGUGGAAAAACGUUGGGAGGAUGGAUGGAUUAUUCAAUAUUCGGGCUCGAGGGGCAUAAGGGGAUAUAUACACAGGACCCGUGGGGCAAUGUAGUUGAGAUCAUGAGUCUGAGCCUUGAGAGGGUUUCUUCCACUGGGACGGCGCUGAUGAAUGCUGCAAAGAUGGCUACAGCAGGGAAACUGUAA